AUGAUAAACGGCGCAAUACUAGCGAUUGACCAUGUGGAAGACUCUGAUGAUGAUAUUGAUGACAUCGUUGUCAUUGACUGUUGUGUUAUUGGCGGAAGUGGCAUCACCAUGGACGAUUGGAAUGAAGAUGGUGGCACGGAAACGGACUGUCCUACUGACACCCGUGAUGGAACUAGUAUCAGCGGUGAUUGCCGUAACGACGAUGGAGAAGGUGAUAACGGUUGUAUAAGUUGUGGCGGUGGCAUCCCCCAAGGUGGAUUUCGUAUAGGUAUCUUUGGCAGCAGAGGAGGAGGUGGUUGCGAUGGCGAAGGUGCUGAUGAGGUUGAUAGUAAGCGGGAUGCUGACGACAAUGGUAAAAGUGAUGGCGAAGGUGUUGAUGAGGUUGGUAGUAAGCGGGAUGCAGACGAUAAUGGUAAAAGUGAUGGCGAAAGUGUCAACGGAGAUUGCGGUUGUAGUGGGUGCAUCAAUGGCGGCAGUCUCGGUGGACUCAGUGGCGGUGGCUGA